AUGAGUGAAGAAAACUUAUUUGAGGAUUCUUCAUCUAAACGUCAAUAUGAAAUAACAGAUUAUUCAAAUAAACAUACCACUCUAGCUCCUCAUUUUUUGGGGAUGAAUACAUUAGAUAAAGUCGAAGAAUCUCCAUUGAAGGAUUUCGUAAAGUCUCAUGGAGGUCAUACCGUAAUUUCCAAGAUUUUGAUCGCAAACAAUGGUAUUGCUGCUGUCAAGGAAAUUCGUUCGGUCAGAAAAUGGGCUUAUGAAGCGUUCGGUGAUGAAAGAACCGUUCAAUUUGUUGCCAUGGCUACUCCAGAAGAUCUACAGGCCAACUCAGAAUACAUUCGUAUGGCAGAUCAAUAUGUCGAAGUUCCAGGUGGUACUAAUAACAAUAACUAUGCCAAUGUUGACUUGAUUGUUGAUGUCGCUGAGAGAACUGAUGUCGAUGCCGUUUGGGCUGGUUGGGGUCAUGCUUCAGAAAAUCCACAUCUUCCAGAAAAAUUGGCUGCCUCUAAGAGAAAGAUCAUAUUUAUUGGUCCUCCAGGUAAUGCUAUGAGAUCACUUGGUGACAAGAUUUCUUCUACUAUUGUUGCACAACACGCCAAGGUACCAUGUAUUCCAUGGUCAGGAACAGGUAUUGACAAAGUUCAUGUAGAUGAAAAUACAGGUUUAGUAUCUGUUGAUGAUGAUAUCUAUCAACAAGGUUGUUGUCAAUCACCAGAAGAUGGUCUAGCAAAGGCUAAGAAAAUCGGGUUCCCAGUAAUGAUCAAAGCCUCUGAAGGUGGUGGUGGUAAAGGUAUUAGACAAGUUGAACGCGAAGAAGAUUUUAUCCCAUUGUACUAUCAAGCUGCUAACGAAAUUCCAGGUUCUCCAAUCUUUAUCAUGAAGCUAGCCGGUAAAGCGCGCCAUUUAGAAGUACAAUUACUUGCAGAUCAAUAUGGUACCAAUAUAUCACUUUUCGGACGUGAUUGUUCUGUUCAAAGACGUCAUCAGAAAAUUAUCGAAGAAGCCCCAGUUACCAUUGCUAAUAGUGACACAUUUGACAAGAUGGCUAAUGCUGCUGUCAGACUUGGUAAAUUGGUGGGUUAUGUAUCUGCUGGUACAGUAGAGUAUCUAUAUUCAAGUGAAGAACAAAAGUAUUAUUUCUUAGAACUGAAUCCCAGACUUCAGGUAGAGCAUCCAACUACGGAAAUGGUUUCUGGUGUGAACUUACCGUCUGCACAAUUACAAAUCGCUAUGGGUAUUCCAAUGCAUAGAAUUAGCGAUAUUAGAGUAUUAUACGGUAUGAAUCCACACUCUGCUACUGAGAUUGAUUUCGAAUUUAAAACUGAAGCUUCUAAAAAAACCCAAAGAAGACCGGUUCCAAAGGGCCAUUGUACAGCUUGCCGUAUAACAUCAGAAGAUCCAAAUGAAGGUUUCAAACCGUCUGGUGGUUCAUUGCAUGAACUGAACUUUAGAUCAUCAUCUAAUGUUUGGGGUUAUUUCUCUGUUGGUAAUAAUGGUGGUAUCCACUCCUUUUCUGAUUCUCAAUUCGGUCAUAUUUUUGCCUUUGGUGAAAAUAGACAGAUGUCUAGAAAACAUAUGGUCGUCGCCCUAAAGGAACUAUCUAUCAGAGGUGAUUUCAGAACAACUGUUGAAUACUUAAUAAAACUAUUAGAAACUGAAGAUUUUGAAGAAAAUACAAUCACAACCGGUUGGUUAGACGAUUUGAUCUCACACAAGAUGACUGCAGAAAAACCUGAUCCAACGUUGGCUGUUAUCUGUGGUGCUGCUACUAAGGCUUUUAUUGCCUCUGAAUCUGCUCGUAUGGAAUAUAUAGUACAACUAAAGAGAGGUCAAGUUCCUGCCAAAACAUUACUUGAAACAAUGUUCCCCGUUGAAUUUAUCCACGAAAAUAAAAGAUACAAAUUUACUGUUGCUAAGUCUGCUGACGAUUCUUAUACCCUAUUUAUCAAUGGUUCUAAAUGUGAAGUUCGUGCUGUGAAGCUUUCCGAUGGUGGUUUAUUAAUAUCAGUAGGUGGUCAAUCUCACACAAUCUACUGGAAAGAAGAAGCUCAAGCCACAAGAUUAUCUAUUGAUUCAAUGACUACUUUACUUGAGGUCGAAAAUGAUCCAACUCAACUACGUACACCAUCCCCAGGUAAAUUGGUCAAAUUCUUAGUCGAAAAUGGCGACCAAAUAAAGGCUGGCCAAUCUUAUGCUGAAAUUGAAGUCAUGAAAAUGCAAAUGCCUUUGGUCUCUCAAGAGAAUGGUGUUAUUCAACUUCUGAAACAACCUGGCUCUACUAUUGCUGCUGGUGAUAUCAUUGCAAUGCUUGCUUUAGAUGAUCCAUCGAAGGUUAAACAUGCUCUACCAUUUGAAGGUAUGCUUCCAGAAUUAGGCUCUCCAAUGGUCGAAGGUACAAAGCCAGCCUACAAAUUUAAAUCACUAGUCUCCACUUUAGAAAAUAUAUUGAAGGGUUACGAUAACCAAGUUAUUAUGAAUGCAUCAUUACAGCAAUUAAUUGAGGUUUUAAGAGAUCCAAGAUUACCAUACUCAGAAUGGAAGUUAAGUGUUUCUGCCCUACAUUCCAGAUUACCAAUACCACUUGAUGAAAAACUAGACAAACUUGUUGACCGUUCUAGUAACAGAAAUGCGAUAUUCCCUGCAAAACAACUACAUAAGAUGAUGGAAGAUGCUAUUAAGGAAACUGAUGCUGACCCAUUACUAUCAACAAUCGUUGAACCCUUAGUUGAUAUUACCAACCGUUAUACAAAUGGUCUUGAAGCUCACGAACAUUUUGUAUUUGUUAAGUUUUUGGAAGAAUAUUACAAUGUCGAAAAGUUAUUCAGCUCCCAUAGAAAUCGUGAAGAAAAUGUUAUUUUAAAAUUACGUGAUGAAAACUUAGAGAGUCUAGAUAAAGUUGUUGAGAUUGUUUUGUCACAUGCAAAGGUAUCUGCCAAGAAUACAUUGAUUCUUGCAAUCUUAAAACAUUAUCAACCUAUUUGUAAGAUGUCUUCCUCUGUUGCACAUAUUUUUAGCAAACCAUUGAGCCAUAUUGUCGAAUUAGAAUCCAAAUCUGCUGCAAAGGUUUCAUUACAAGCAAGAGAAAUCUUAAUUCAAGGUGCUCUACCUUCUGUUAAAGAGAGAACUGAACAAAUCGAACAUAUUUUAAGAUCUUCUGUUACAAAUACUUCUUAUGGUGACUUAACUCCAAAGUUAUCUGAACCAAAUCUAGAAAUCCUAAAGGACUUGAUUGAUUCUAACUAUGUCGUUUUUGAUGUUUUGUUGCAAUUCCUAUGUCACGAAGAUCCAGUGAUUGCUACUGCCGCCGGUCAAGUUUAUGUCCGUCGUGCGUACAGAGCAUAUACUGUUGGUGAAGUUAAAACACAUGGUAUUAAGGAUUCAUCGGUGAACCCUCUGAUUGAAUGGAAAUUCCAAUUACCUUCUGCAGCUUUCUCAUCUAUUCCACAAGUUAAAAGUAAGAUAGGUAUGAAUAGAGCGAUGUCUGUCUCAGAUUUAUCAUACGUGGUUGAUAAUGAACAUGCACCAUUAAGAACUGGUAUUCUUGUUGCUUCCGAACAUUUGGAUAAUGUCGAUACUAAUUUGGCUCAAGGUUUAGAAGUUAUUCCUGAGCAUGUUACCGCAAGCAAUGGCCCAGCUCCUGACAGAUCUGGUAAUUCCUCUUCCUUGAGUAAUGUUGUUAACGUAUGUGUUGGUAGCACUGAAGGUUUUGAUAGCGAAAAAGAUAUUCUUUCUAGGGUCUAUGAGAUCCUUGAUCUGAAUAAGCAAGAUUUAAUCAAGUCCGCUGUUCGUCGUAUUACCUUUAUGUUUGGCUUCCCAGACGGUACAUAUCCAAAGUAUUAUACUUUCAAUGGUCCAAACUACCAAGAAAAUCAAACCAUCCGUCAUAUAGAACCAGCUUGUGCCUUCCAAUUAGAACUAGGAAGAAUGUCCAACUUUAACAUAAAGCCAAUCUUUACCGAUAAUAGAAAUAUUCAUGUCUACGAGGCUGUUAGUAAGACAUCUGCUCUAGAUAAGAGAUUCUUUACAAGAGGUAUUAUUAGAACUGGUCGUAUUCGUGAUGAAAUUUCCAUCCAAGAGUAUUUAACUUCUGAAGCAAACAAACUAAUGAGUGAUAUUCUAGAUAAUUUAGAAAUUGUUGAUACAUCCAACUCAGAUUUGAACCAUAUUUUCAUUAAUUUCUCAGCAGUCUUUGAUGUUUCACCUGAGGAUGUGGAGGCCGCUUUUGGGGGUUUCUUAGAAAGAUUUGGUAAGAGACUCCUAAGACUUCGUGUGUCUGCUGCUGAAAUCCGUAUUAUUAUCCAAGACCCAAAGACUGGUGCUGCUGUCCCAUUACGUGCUUUAAUUAAUAAUGUUUCCGGUUACGUCGUUAGAUCUGAAUUAUAUACUGAAAUCAAGAACGCUAAGGGUGAAUGGGUUUUCAAAUCUCUAGGUAAGCCAGGUUCUAUGCAUUUAAGACCUAUUGCUACACCUUAUCCUGUUAAGGAAUGGUUACAACCAAAACGUUAUAAGGCUCAUUUGAUGGGUACUACCUACUUGUAUGAUUUCCCAGAAUUGUUCCACCAAGCUGCUAUCACAACAUGGGAAAAACAUAAUUCUAAAAGCUCUGCUAAGGAAUUAUCUUCCAUUAAGGACAGAGAUGAUCUAUUUGUUUCUCAUGAAUUAAUUGAGGAUGAAAAUGGUGAAUUAACUGAAGUUGAAAGAGAACCUGGUGCAAAUACUAUUGGUAUGGUUGCCUUUAAAGUAACUAUGAAGACUCCUGAAUAUCCAAGAGGUCGUCAAUUUGUUAUUGUUGCUAAUGAUAUUACGUUCAAGAUUGGUUCUUUUGGUCCACAAGAAGAUGAAUUUUUCAACAAGGUUACUGAGUACGCCAGAAAGAGAGGUAUUCCAAGAAUUUAUCUAGCUGCCAACUCUGGUGCCAGAAUUGGUAUUGCUGAGGAAUUAAUUCCAUUAUUCCAAGUUGCAUGGAAGGAUUCUACCGUUCCAGGCAAGGGUUUCGAAUAUUUAUAUUUGACAAAGGAUGGUAUGGAUACCUUGAAGAGCUAUUCUAAAGAAAAUUCUGUUAUAACUGAACGCGUUGUUGAAGAAGGUGAAGAAAGAUAUGUUAUCAAAUCCAUUAUUGGUGCUGAUGAUGGUCUAGGUGUUGAAUGUUUAAGAGGUUCUGGUUUAAUCGCUGGUGCUACUUCAAGAGCUUAUCAAGAUAUUUUCACAAUUACGUUAGUUACUUGCAGAUCUGUCGGUAUUGGUGCUUAUUUAGUGAGAUUAGGUCAAAGAGCUAUUCAGAUUGAAGGCCAACCAAUCAUCUUAACUGGUGCUCCAGCUAUCAAUAAAGUUUUAGGUAGAGAAGUGUACUCUUCCAAUUUACAACUUGGUGGUACUCAAAUCAUGUACAACAAUGGUGUUUCUCAUUUAACUGCUUCUGACGAUUUACAGGCCGUUGAACAAAUUAUUAAAUGGUUAUCAUAUGUUCCUGCUAAGCGUAAUAUGCCGGUUCCAAUUCUAGAGACUGAAGAUAAAUGGGACAGAGCUAUCGAUUAUAGACCUACAGUUAAUGAACAAUAUGAUGUCAGAUGGAUGAUUGAAGGUCGUCAAUGUGAAAAUGGUGAUUUUGAAUAUGGUAUGUUUGAUAAAGGUUCCUUCUUCGAAACAUUAUCGGGUUGGGCUAAAGGUGUUGUUGUCGGUAGAGCUCGUCUUGGUGGUAUUCCAAUUGGUGUUAUCGGUGUUGAAACUAGAACCAUUGAGAAUGUUAUACCAGCUGAUCCAGCUAACCCGGACUCCACAGAAACUGUUGUUCAAGAAGCUGGUCAAGUGUGGUAUCCAAACUCUGCUUUUAAAACUGCUCAAGCUAUCAAGGAUUUCAAUCAUGGUGAACAACUACCAUUAAUGAUUUUAGCUAAUUGGAGAGGGUUUUCCGGUGGUCAACGUGAUAUGUAUAAUGAAGUUUUAAAGUAUGGUUCUUUUAUUGUCGAUGCUUUAGUUGAUUACAAACAACCUAUUUUCAUUUACAUUCCACCAACUGGUGAAUUGAGAGGUGGUUCUUGGGUUGUUGUUGAUCCAACAAUUAACAGUGAUCAAAUGGAAAUGUAUGCUGACAAGGAUUCCCGUGCUGGUGUCCUUGAACCUUCAGGUAUGGUUGGUAUCAAAUACCGUAGGGAGAAAUUAUUGGCUACCAUUACAAGAUUAGAUAAAACUUACAGAGAAUUGAAAGAAAAACUAUCCAGUAAGGAUUUAACUAAUGAAGAACAUCAACAAAUUUCGAUUCAAUUAGCCGAACGUGAAAGAUUAUUAAUUCCAAUUUAUAAUCAAGUUAGUGUUCAAUUUGCCGAUUUACAUGAUAGAUCAUCUCGUAUGUUAAAGAAAGAUGUCAUUAAAGCUGAAUUGACUUGGGAAGAAUCUCGUCGUUAUUUCUUCUGGAGAUUAAGAAGAAAAUUAGAUGAAGAAUAUUUGCUAAGAAGAUUGGAUGAAGAAUUAACCCAAGCCUCUAGACUUGAAAAAAUUGCCAGAGUUAGAUCAUGGUAUCCAACUUCUGUGAAUGUUGAAAAUGAUAAAGAAGUUGUUACAUGGAUUGAAGAACAUUAUGAUAUACUUGAAGAGAAAUUAAAAUCUUUGAAAUUAGAAUCAUUUGCAUUAAAUCUAGCUAAAAACAUUAGAAAUGAUCAUGAUAAUAGUAUGAAGGGAUUAGAAGAAGUUGUUCGUAUGUUAAGUACAUCAGACAAAGCCAGAUUGAAUGCUAUUAUCAAUCCAGAACAAAAAUCCUAA